GGUGCUGCGCGGUAGCAGACAAAACAAUAGUUGAAUGGGGAGACACGGCUCAAGCACCUGGCCCCAACGGGGGAACUUACGGCGACUGCCAACUGGAGGAGGCGCACAGGCAGCGAGAGGCGCAGCACUAAGCAGUGUAGGGCACUGCAUCGCCGAUUGGAGUUAGGUCAUUAAGGAGGCGGAGUAGGGCACUGCGUCGCCGACGGCGAGGGGAAAUUCUGGCUCAAUGCGAGACGGAGAGGGUGAACUGUUUCGGCGCAGGAUUCAAGGAGAGGGAAAGAAAGUGAAUUGGGUCAAAUAUAGCAGGUCAAAAAAUGUGGGUCGGGUCAACCCGUGAUCCGCGAAAAGAUCAACAUGUACAUGUACAUGUUUGGUUUGUGUUAUGCCACGUUUGGCGUGUACGAUCGCGAUCGAGUAACCUUAAUUUGCUGCUCUCAGUAAUUUCAUUCAUGGAGCUCGCUAGAGUAGUGAAGCUUCCACUUUCUUCAUUCCUUGUUCGGGAAAAACAAAUCCAACACCCAAACACGCCAUUAAUCCACACUAGAAAAAGCCUUCGGCACCAGAAUCUCAAUUCAUCUCCCAAUUAUUCCAUCACGCCAAAAACCCAUUUCAAAUCCCAACUUAACGAUGAAACAACAAGAAGCAAUUCUGAAAUCUGUGGUGCCAAAUUCAACCAGAAAACCCCAUCUGAAAAGACAAAUAACCUCGAAAGUUACGCGCCCACAAUGUCUGAGAUCGUGGAGUCAUCCAGAUUGCAGAACCUCGAUCUUCAGCUUCAAAGAUUUGGGCCCUUUUUCAGGAUUACCGCCAAAAGCUUGGAAUCGGGAAGUGAAUUGGGGAGGGCGGAGGGAGUGAUUAGGUUUUGGUUUGGGGGCAAAAUUCUGCAUUUGGAUUCGAUGAAGCUUCAGAGGGAGACAAUUGGGAUGAGUAAAUCCAUAUUUGGGAUUGGGUUAUUUCUUGGCGCUGUAGCGAUAAGGCUUGGAUAUGACUGUGGAUGCGUUAAAGCUGAGUUGCUUGCUAUCAACGACACUCAUCUUUACCAUUCCAAGCUUGUGAGAUUUUACAAGAGGCUAGGGUUCAAAGAAGUGUACGAGGUAAAAGGAGGAUCAGUACGAGAUUUGAGCGACAUGUUAGUUUGGGGUGGUGUUGGAACUCGCAUGGAUGCCAAUCUGCAACACCUCAUGCUCAAAUGGUGUUCUAGAUUCAAACCAACUGCUCCCACCUAAAUUCAAUCUCUACUCUUGUAUAAAAGCACAAUUUAUUCACCAAAUAGCAUUGGGGUAUUAAUGUGUUUGUUUUAUUUUAUUUUUAAUAAAAAAAUAUUUUAAAA